CUUUGGGGUAAAUCGUUGCGCCCUGCUUGGUGUGUUGCGCAUGCUCUGCCAAAGGUAGCAACCGUUCGACAAUAUUUAUAGACCGAAUAACAAUUAUGACAACUUACAGGGGAGCAGAUUCCAAAAGGGAGGAAUUUAGAAGAUACCUUGAAAAAGCUGGUGUUCUAGAUGCACUCACAAAAGUUUUGGUUGGUCUAUAUGAGGAACCAGAGAAACCAAAUAAUGCUUUAGACUUUUUGAAGCAGCACUUGGGAGCAUCUGGGCCUGAGACAGCUGAUGUAGAGGCUUUAAAACUAGAAGUAACAGAACUUCGCCAGAAAGUGGAACAGCUUACAGAGGAGAACCAAGAAUUGAAAGCAAAGUUACAACAACUAGAUGAGGAGACUGCAUAGACCUGUCAGGGAUAAUCAUUCAUUGGAAUUUUACAGACCUCAUUCUAGAUUUCCAAAUCAUAAAAUGGAGACAUUUAAUGUACAUGAUAUACUUCAGAAAAAGUAUUGUCUUUCUUCUGUAUGUUAUAUAGUUUACAAAAGAAAAGGUUCAUUUAUGAAUUUUUUCUUAUUCAUAUGUUAAAGAAUAAAUCAUAAAUCAUAAUUUUAAA